AUGCCCGAGCUGAAACGAGUGAAAAUCUCCCAUAUCGAGGGCAAACCUCAUGUUCUCGAUCUUAAAGAGAUAGCUAAGUGGGUUAAAGAGGCAGGGGGUAUAUUCCGCGAUGAAGACCUUGACUUCAUUCAGUGGAGCCAAGCAGCAAAGAACUUCUAUCAGUUCAAAUGCCUGAGAGACAAGGACCUGGGAAAGGAGGCUCCUCGACCCCUCUUCUACGUCGAACACUUUGCGUUCUUCCUGAACCAACAAGAUUCUGAAGACUUCUUCACAUAUUGGCUCAAGGUAGAAGUCAAACUUCGAAAGGAGCACCAAUCGAAACUCUACGCCUUCGACAGCAACACAUACGAACGCGAAUGGACACUCGUCCACGUAAGAACAUCUGCUGGUACUGGAACCUCCGAGGACAAUGCAGAGGCUGUGACAAGGAACACUGCUGCACGUUCUGUGGCAGCACCUGUCAUAUGCAUGCAAUUCACCCCAUAUGCUUCCCGGCCCGGCCCGGAGCGGCCGGACUUUGGAUUAAUAACCUUGUGA